AUGGCGACCCCCGGGAUGAACUGGCAGCAGCAUUACUACGGCGGCGGCGGCUCCUCAGCCAGCGCUGGGAAAUUCGCCGCGUCCAGUUCCCAGCCGGGGCUCAGCGUGGAAUACAGCCAGGAUCUGCACCUCAAAAUGAGCAAGAAAAUAGCCCAGCUCACCAAGGUAAUAUAUGCUUUAAACACUAAGAAUGAUGAACAUGAAGCUGCUAUUCAAGCCCUCAAGGAUGCUCAUGAAGAAGAAAUCCAACAAAUUCUUGCAGAAACAAGAGAGAAGCUCUUACAGUAUAAGAGUAAAGUUGCUGAAGAAAUGGAUCUUAAGAGAAAGAUCCAGGUUUUGGAAGAGUCAUUGGAAGAUCAUAAAAAGAUGAAACAUCAAGCCUUGACAGAAUUUGAAGCUUACAAGGACAGAGUUGAAGAUAUGCAGCUUUGUGCAGAAGCCCAGCAUGUCCAGCGUGUAGUAACUAUGUCAAGAGAAGUAGAAGAGAUUAGAAAGAAGUUUGAGGAGAGGCUACGAAGCUUUAUACAAUUGCAAGUACAGUUUGAGAAAGACAAACGCUCAGCUCUGGAAGACUUGAGAGCAGCACACAGAUUGGAGAUUCAAGAACUUCUGAAAACUCAGCAGAAUCAGAAUGCUACUUUAAGUAAGGGGCAAGAGAAGCUAGAGGAGUUGCACAGGUUGGAACUGGAAGAUUUAAACAGCAAAGUUGAAGAGCUAAGACUGGAGAGGAAAAAACUCAUUGAGGAGUAUGAAGGCAAACUCAGCAAAGCUCAAUCCUUUUAUGAACAUGAACUUGAUGCUUUGAAAAGAUCUCAGCUCUUUACAGCUGAAAGCCUGCAUGCUUGCAAAGAGAAAGAAGUGGAGCUAAGAAGAGAGUUUCAAAGCCAAGAAGCUGUUUUACGGAAGAACCUUGGGAAACUGAAAACUGAAUUGCAGAUGGUACAGGAUGAAGCGGGUAGUCGGCGAGAAAAAUGCCAAAAGCUUCAGGUAGCUCUCAGUACAGCAGAAAACACUGUUCAGGUGCUUCAAAAACAGCUAGAUGACGUCAAGGAGGAGGAGAUAUCAUUGUUAAGCAAACACAAGGAGGUGGAAAGUGAGCUAGCAGCUGCUAGGGAACGCUUACAGCAGCAGGCCACAGAUCUUGUACUUAAAGCCAGUCACAUUGGAAUUCUUCAAGCUACACAGAUGACACAGGAAGUUACAAUAAGAGAUUUAGAAUCAGAAAAAUCUAGAUUAAAAGAGAAACUAUCUCAGCUGGAAGAGGAAAAAAAUCUAUUGCAGAGCAAAACACAAAGUCUGGAUGAAAGACAAAGGCAGCAGAUUCUGGCACUGGAAAAGAAGGUAAAUGAAGCAAGGGAAACACAACGAGAGUAUUAUGAGAAAGAGCUGAUAAAGCUGCAAACCAGAUUGGAAGGGGAGGCUGCACUGUUAAAUGAGGCUCAUUCUAAGACCUUGGAAGAAUUGGCAUGGAAACAUCACACUGCGAUUGAGACUGCACACAGCAAUGCUACCAAGGAAAAGAAAAAGCUGCAACUGGAGUUGGAGCAGCAAUUUGAAAAGGAGAAACUACAUCUGGAAGGGGAUAAGAAUCAGCUUAGACAGCAGUUGGAAAAUAUGAGGGAAGAACUGACAACAAAGCUGACUUCGGCCAAUCAGGAGGUGUGUCGUUUACAAGACCUAGUAAGAAAAAGUGAACAGGGCCUUGGUACUGCAGAAGGACACAUCUCCAAUCUUCAAGAAACCCAGGAAAUACUCCAAAAAGAACUAGAGUUAACCAGAGCAAGGCUGAGAGAGACCACAGAUUCAUUGUAUAAUGUUGAGGGGGAACUAGAACAAGAGAGACAGCAGCAUGAAGCAAAGAUUUCUGCCAUGAGGGAAGAGGAGAAGAUGAAAGUUGACAGAAUGGCUCGUGACCUAGAAAUAAAAUGGACAGAAAAUCUUCGGCAAGAAUGUAGUAAACUUCGUGAAGAGUUGAGGCUUCAGCAUGAAGAGGAUAAAAAGGCAGCCAUGACUCAGCUCUUGCAACUGAAAGAACGCGAAAAAAAUGCUGCCAGGGAUGGAUGGCAAAAGAAGGUGGAAGAUCUUUUAGACCAGAUCUCCUUGCUGAAACAGAAUCUGGAGAUGCAGCUUUCCCAGUCUCAGAGCUCCUUGCAACUGCUACAGGCGCAGUGUAGUCAGGAGCGACAAAGGCUUACCCAGGAGCUUGAGGAACUGGAAGAAGAGCAUCAGCAAAGGCAUGAAUCCCUGAAGGAAGCACAUAUACUUGCAUUUCAAAACAUGGAACAAACAAAAGAACAAGAACAAAAGGAACUAGAAGAGCAUUUACAACAAAAACAUUCAGAAGAACUUCAGACACUGAAAGAAGCACACAAACAAGCUAUGGAAGGUUUCAAAUUGGAAAUGGAACAGGAACUUCAGACUCUUCGAUUUGAGCUGGAAGAUGAAGGGAAAGCUAUGCUAGCUUCUUUGCGUUCAGAGUUAAAUCAUCAACAUGCAGCAGCAAUUGACCAACUAAGGCACAACCAUCAACAAGAAUUGGUAGCUGCUAAAAUGGAACUUGAAAGAAGUAUAGAACUCAGCAGACGACAGGAGAAGGAAUUUUUGUGCCGAGUAUCAGAUCUACAGGAUGAACUCAAACAUCGUGACCAUCAUAUAUCUGAAUUGGACAAGGAGGUUCUGGCUCUGCAUGAGAAUAUAAGUGCCCUAACCAAGGAACUGGAGUUUAAGGGGAAAGAAGUUCUCAGAAUACGCAGUGAAUCCAACCAACAGAUUAGGAUACAUGAGCAAGAUUUAAGCAAGAAACAUGAGAAAGAGCUGGAUGUCAUGACAGCAGACCACAUCAGAGAGAAACAAAGCAUACUCGCAGAUUUUAAUAAGACCCAAGAGCUACUCAAGGAAAUUAAUUCAGCUUUACAAGUUUCUUUAGAAGAAAUGGAAGAGAAAUACCAAAACAGGGAAUCAAGACCAGAAGAUUUACAGCUUAUCGCAGAGUUGAAAGACCUGAUUGCAGAGAGGGACCAACUCAUAAAGAAACUGAUUGAUGACAAAAAAUUCUAUCAACUAGAACUAGUCAACAGAGAGACAAACUUCAACAAAGUGUUUAAUGCAAGCCCUAAUGUCGGAGUUAUUAAUCCACUGGUGAAGCAAAAGAAGAAGAAUGAUAAAUCAACAAACAGGUUUGUGAGUGUCCCCAAUCUAAGUGCUCUGGAAUCUAGCGGAGUGGGCAAUGGACAUCCUAACCGCCUGGAUCCCAUUCCUAAUUCACCCAUCCACGAUAUUGAGUUCAACAGCAGCAAACCACUUCCACAGCCAAUACCACCCAAAGAGCCCAAGACGUUUUUGAGCCCUCCUCAGACUGAAGCUUCACCAGAUCCACAACGCCAGGAAUGGUUUGCCCGAUACUUCACAUUCUGA